AAUGUCAAUGUAGGAGUUGUGUUAUUUAUAGUUGACAAUUUGACACUCCGAAUUUUUAGGUUAUGGCUUAUAGAUUAAAGAAUAAGGAGAGGAAUAUUUGAAAUCCGAAUAGGAAGGAACUUUUUUUAAGUUUUACAAAGGUAAAACAACAACUUCUCAGAAAACAUGAAGAAGCACCCAGUAAGGAAUGCCAUAAUUGAUAAAUUCCAUAGAGGAUUCGUAUACACUUGCAUCGGAGCUUCUAUUUAUGCAUUUUCACAAAUUGUAUCCAGAUUUUAUCAUUAUUAUACGGUAGUUAAACCACAAUUGGCAAAGCAGCAACUCAUGGAAAAAGAAGAAUUACUAGCAGAAGGGUCUUCAGAAGAUAAAGCUCCGAUAUUAAAACUGUAAUUUUUAUGUUAGUGUAAUGUAGAUGAGUUAUUAUAUUUUUCAAAUUUUA